UCUCAGCUCAAACUCCUGAGCGCUUGACGGACUUGUCAGGCUACGUCACCGCGUCGGCAGAAGGAGAGUUUCGCCUGAUUGUCAUUCCCAGAGGAAGAAGAGGGUGUACUCGAACAUUACCUGUCUAGUCUCACCUGGUGCGCUCCUUGUACAUGUCGGUCGUCGAGUUUCCUCUGCUGUCGGACAUUAAACGCUGGCUUCACUUUGGAGUAAAACGGAGAAGGCGUUAAAGGAUGCCAAGACGAUCCUGACUGGCGGCCCCAACAUGAGUGUGACGUCAUGGUUCCUGGUCAGCAGCUCUGGUACUCGCCACCGGUUGCCACUGGAGAUGAUCUUUGUUGGCAGGGAUGACUGCGAGCUAAUGCUGCAGUCCCGUAGUGUCGACAAGCAGCACGCUGUGAUCAACUAUGACACGAACACAGACGAGCACAUGGUGAAGGACCUGGGCAGCUUGAACGGGACGUUUGUGAAUGACCUAAGAAUCCCAGACCAGACAUACAUCACUCUCAAGCUCUCUGAUGUCAUUCGUUUUGGCUAUGAUGCUCAUGUAUAUAUCCUGGAGAGAAGUCAACACAAGGUCCCAGAGGAAGCUCUUAAACAUGAGAAGUACACCAGCCAGUUUCAGCUUAGUAUUAAAGCCCUACAGGCAAAGGCAAAGGAAAAACAGCAGCUCCAGAGGUCAGAGAAGAGCAAAGGCCCUGUUUCCAAACUGCUGGAGAAGGCUGAGCGAAAAGCCCAAUCUCUCACAGCUGCCACAGAUUCUCUGAUAUCCAAGCCUACUCCUCUCUAUGGCCAACCGUCCUGGUGGGGGGAGGAUGAGGACGCAGCCAACAAAAAGAAGAACAGGGGUGGAAAAUUGCCAGAACAGGAGUUUUCAGAGCCUGCUAAAGACGUGUCCAGAUAUGAGGUCAACGGUUCUUUGUCUGACAAUCAGGUCAAGUCCAUCUUCUCCUACCGCCAGGAGCCAAGCUACUUUGAGAUCCCAACAAAGGAGUUACAGCAGCGACCUGCCAAGAAACCUGAGUCGCAGGUCGACGAGGUUCCCACAAAAGACACUCCAGAUCCCACUGGGGUUGUCUCUUCCACACCUCCCGUGGUCCAAAGCCAUGCCUCCUUCACAAUUGAAUUUGAUGAAUGCAUGCCAGGUAGAAUGAAGAUCAAGGACCACGUGACCAAGUUCUCUUUCCGCCAGCAGCAGAAGCUACCUUCCCCAGAGCCCGUCAACACACCCAGUGAGGUGAUGUCAGCAGAAAGCAAAGUUGCUGAUUGGCUCGUCCAGAGUAAUACUAGCAUGAUGAGGAAGAGGUCACAGGCUGAAGACAAUAGCACAAAGAGUGACCCAUCACUCCUGAAGAUCACAAAGGCAAACCACUAUAAGGAAGGCACUCGCAGUGACUCAGAGGAUCCUGCAAUCAAAGGAAGGGAUUUCCUCCAAUCAGCACCUCAGAUUGGGUACCAGGUGUCUCCACAACCCCUGAGAGCCUCCCCGCCACAACGCUUUGCCUCCCCCGACUCUGAGGAGCCCUUGUCCUACUCUCCACCAGAAUCUCAGUCCUUAUCCAGUCUUGGCAAAGCUGAGCCUCACCAAGCCUUUGUUAUUGAAUUCUUUGAAGAUAACCUAAGAAAGAAGCGCUCCCAGUCUUUCACUAAUAACACAUCUCCACCUGAGCCCUCAGGCCUAAGGGUCCAGCUGGAGAAGGCACGGAAGGGCUCAAGCCCAACUGGGGAGAGACAAGUCCCAUCUCCAGCCUCCACCACUCCGCCAACUCAACAAUACACUGUCCCCCUGAAGGGCCCUGCUUCCACAGGCUUCCAGAGAGCUGGCUCUCUACGAAGGGAGAAGACGGAGGAGCGGAUCAGCACCAGCUUUUCCUCUCGCUCUACUUCAUCUGUAUCUGUAAGACCCUUUAGCAGUGUGGGCCGGAGGUCCAAACUCGCCCGGGAAUUUACUGCUGAAUUUCUCAAAAAUAAAUCUAGUCCCUCUACAACAGCUAAAAUAGAGACAGUGGUUGUAUCAAAGACUAGUCCCCUUUCACCAAAAGCUUCCUACCAGCCACAGACUUCCUCUCCUAUCCACCACCCUGUUCCCCUCAAGGCCCCAUUGAUGCCCGUUCCGUCUCAGGAUGUGGAGGUCAAGAGCCCCCAUGUUGGCCCUAAGAAUGAAGAGGAGGACAGUCUGAGUGACGCAGGAACGUACACCAUUGAAGCAGAUGUUCAAGAGAAAGAGCUAGAAGAGGCACGGAGCAAGAUUGACCUGGUUCAGCCAGCAGGUGCAGUGUUACAGGGGGCUCCUAAGUGGAUGUCUUGCUGGGCCAGCUUGGCAGACAGCUACACAGAAUCUGUCCCAUCGUCUGGCCCCUUUGACAUGUCGCCCCAGAUGGAGCUGUCAGGAGGGGCGCGAGGUACAAUCAUCCACAAGGCCACGGUCAGCCGACAGCACGACAGCACCGACUCUGAUGGUUCAAGAACUCGGCGCAUCCUGCCCCAGGUACCACUGGGCGAGAAGAGUGACAUUCCAACUCCCAGCAUUCAUGUUCAUUAUGACCUGCAUUCAACAUUUGAUGUAGGAGAGAGGAGCAUGGUUGACCCCAUGUCUCAGGAUGGCCUUCACAGGUUAUCGGUGCAUGACGACGUAGAGCCUGACAGCCUGAGUGAUGCCAGCAAGUCAGAUGAUGGGUCCAUCAUAGAGCAAAAGAGGAGACCGCUGUCAGACAGAGAAGCAAAGAAAAAUGAGGACCAACUCCCUGCCAAGUCAACAUUAUUCUACAUUGGCUCAGCGGAGGCUGAACUUGGGGGCUCAAACCCGAACACCCCUAAGACUGAAAUAAAACAUGUAGCCAACACUUUCUCAACAGCCACCUUAACCAAACCGAGAGCUAACCCGGACUCUGGAAAAGUCAAGCCCAGUGUGUCAGCGCCAGUCCUGAGCCAGAGUCCAGAGUCCAAAGAGGGCCCUGUAGCCGGAUUAAUCAGACAAGAGAGCUUCACCAAGGAUCGGCCUAGCAAUGCCAGAUUGCCUAACAUCUCUAGCCUGCCGGUUCAGAGAGGCCUAAACCCUGAAUCAUUCCAGGGAGCCUGUAAUCAGGACACUCAUUCUUAUCUCAAGGAGACGGAGGAUGUUCUGGCGGUUCUGGAGGCCAAACUCCAAGCCGGACAAUCGGAGACAACACAGUCUCCAAUAAUGGACUCUCUUUCUGCAGAGUCGGAUGUCGAUACCUCCAGCACAGUCAGCCAACAUAGCAAUAAGACCAGGCUAAACAUACUGCCUAAAAAACCCUCUGUUACUGGCUUCCAUAGGGAGAGGUCUUCAGCUGGGAUAGCUAGUCAGGACCCCAGUCGCCAGUCCACUACAUCCGAAAAGCGGCGCUCUCAGGGAGAAGACAGCAACAAUAAAAUGGAGUCUGUCAGGAGACCGGUUGGACUGAGACGUAGUGUUGGGAAAUGUGGCUCCACAGACCUAAGUGACGACCCUCAAAGCUUACCUUACUCGGAUCAGGAAUCUAACAACUACCAAUCCCGGAGAAAAUACACAGUGCCCCUUCAGAAGGAAGACGCCAAGACCUCUAGAGCAUCCCAGACCUUGAAUCGUGCCAGCAGCUUUUCUGCCCCAAGACCCACCAGAGCGUCCAUGCUCCGCCGCGCUCGCCUGGGAGAAGGUUCAGACAAUGAGGGCACGGAGACAGACAGGCUGUCCCAGGAGGCAGGCAAUGCCCUCGCGCUACAAACUCAAGAAACCAAGAAACUCUCCAGGCUGGAUAUGCUGGCAAUGCCUCGUAAGCGGACAAGCUCCUUCAACACACCCAGCGACACUGAGGCCUCUUCCACAGGCAGCUCAGUUCGAAGGGGUUCUGCAACGGGGCCGAAGCCUGUAGAAAGGCAGCAGAAAGCACCGCUCAACAAGACCCCAAUCACUCGAGGACGUUCAAGCAGUGCCAAAUAUGCUGGAAGCACCUCAAGCUCCAGGAGACGACACAAAGGCUCUGACUAUACCUCUACCUCAGAUGAGGAGUACGACUCAAACCAGAGCACUCCUAAACACAAACGCUCCCAACCUUCCUCAGCUUCCCAUAUCCCGCGGGAUCUUCCACGGCCUCAGCCGGUGGUCGCCCUGCGGCCAAAACCUUGCAGCAGAGAUUCGGAAGAAGAGAACAAUGACGGAGACUCCUUACACGGUUGGUCCAAUCACAGCUCUGAGAUUGCACGGUUGAGUCAAGACCUGGCUAAAGACCUAGCAAUCUUGGCCAAAGAGAUCCAUGACGUGGCAGGUGAUGGGGAGCCACAAAACCCUGCAGUGGACAGCAGUGCGCCGGUGAUCGCUCAUGAACAGCUGGUUCAUCGUAUUCCAGAGGCUGGAUUAAACUACCGCAGGGUCCCACCAAAUUCUAUAUCUUCAAGGGAACCUGACCAGAGUGAUCACGAACAGAACACUAGGCAGCGAGCUCAGAGCAGAGAUGAGGUCAUUGCGGACAAUCUGAUGCUGAAUCCAGUGUCACAGAUCAUCAUGGCCAUCAGAGAAAACACAGAGCAACUUGCUGAAAAAAUGAAGGUCCUGUUCCAGGACAGGAUGGAUAUCUGGGAAGAAUUUGAGGCCACGGUUAACUCUGACAAUGAUGUUCCUGUUAUCAAAACCUCCAACAAGGAAAUCACAACUAUCUUGAAAGAACUCAAGAGGGUUCAACGACAACUUGAGGUCUUUAACACGGUCAUGGAGCCCAGUGGGCAGUUUGACAACUCUAAGGCCUCGGUGGUCUCCUCCUCAUCUGGAGUUCGGCCCUCCCGACCUCCCGUCUCACGAGACUGGAGAACUAUCCACUCUGUCUCCAAACGGGGCGGCGGCCCGAGGCCCAGUGAGAGUGUCAGGAGAGCAGCCGUGACUCCAGACGAUCUAAGAGCGGGAUAUUUGGUCUGAAAUGGGACAAAAACACGGCAGUUCCACCCGUGCUGAAAUUCUGCAGUCACUCCACAAACGCAGGUGUCGGACCAUUGUACACACAAUGAAAGUAAACGGGGGGGAAGUGAGACUGUAAACAGAUGUGUAGCCUCUCGCACACCCAAACAUACGCACUAAUGCACUAUGAGCAGUACACACCUCACACACACACAGUGGUGUAACUCACAGUGAAGCCUGCACUAAGUGCGCUCAGUGGGAGGCCAACACAUGAGGUGAAUUUUUAAGGAAGUACCAAAAUACUUCAAUAAACUUCACCUUGGACAGGCCUCCAAACUAUACUUGAUUCUCUUUGUGUUAGAGGUUGAUCUCUUUAUUUGCCAAUGAUAUGAGCAACAUUGCUGAUUUUAAGAGCUCAUUGUAUUUACUUGGUUUAUUUGAAAACCAGCCUGAGAAUAAUCAUCUCAGGAAAAUCUACUAAAUACUAUAUAUAUAUAUAUAUAUAUAUAUAUAUAUAUAUAUAUAUAUAUAUAUAUAUAUAUAUAUAUAUAUAUAUAUAUGUGUAUAUAUGUGUGUGUGUGUUUAGUGACAAAUCACAUUUUUGAGGAAAUAUUAGUUCAUGGAUAUUUGUUUUGGGUAUAAGGAACUGCAGUACCACCAGCAGAUUUAGUGUACUGUGUUCUUGUAUCCUCAGUAAACCCAUUGCGUUUUGGUCUUUGUUUGCCACUUUUAUCUUUGUGGACAAGAUUUAUCGCAGAAUGUAAAUAAUAUUUAUUAGGGGUCUUUUGUGAGACCCUGUAACCAAGACAACAUGACUUUGGGAGCGUACGUAGACUCUAGUGCCAGACCAAUUAAUGCUAAACACAGUCGCUAUUAACCAACUUCUUGAGUAUUUAUUAUGUUAACAUUUCCCAUUGCAUCGACUCUGUCCAGGCCUCUGUUUCUUGUCCAGCUGGAGAUGAAACUCUUUCUGCAAUGUGUGGUCUGACUGGGAGGAUGGACUCAGUUUAGUCACCUGGCAACCACAAACUCAAGUGGCUAUAAAACAAGAGUUGUUAAGCAUUCCUGGCUUCUCUUCCUUCUGAAGAGUGGGUUUUUAUUUGUGUCAAACACACUUGAAACAAUUUUUUGUUGUGAGCACAGUUCUCUACGAGAUUUGGCCAAAGUCAACCAUAAUACUGACAGGAAUGAGUUCCCUUUAUCCCAGUUUGUGUUGAGCUCAUCACACCACCUCACUAUACCGUCAUAUGCUCAAGUGCUCUCGGAGCACUGUGGUAAGAUUAUAUAUUUCCUCUCAAGUCACAUGGUCACUUCUGAUGGGUCCUCACAUAAGUAAUGUCAUUUUAUCAGUCAAUCGUGUGAAGCUGUAAAUCUGACGAUCAUUUCCCCAUUCUGUUCACAAUGUAAAUGUCUAAAGAUAUCAACUUCAUACAAAUUACCUCUCAAUCUUGUCUUUUGCACUAAGGUAGUACAACAUUGUCCCCUCAACUUGAUAUGCUGCAAACUGAAAGUUGUUGCUCUCCUGCGAUAGAUUGUAAACAUGAUGCUGUUGAGUUUGCAGCAGGAAAGCCGGCGACCCAGUUCACCAGCAGGUUGCCGUUUCCCUUUUCCCUGUCCAGAUUGUACAUGUGAUUGUCAUUGGGAUGUCCCUGUAAGUGCCACAGAGCUGUGUGGGACAGUGGUUGUUUACAAAGUCAAGCUAAAUAAGAAUGUUGUCCGAUUGACAUCACUUGCUCAAAGUGUUGCUGCUAUUCUUCCUCUGUGGGAUAGUAUUUCCCCUUUGCUUUACUCCAUCGAAGUCAAAGCUACAGCAGGUUUGAGAGCUGAAAUGUAAUUCUUGUUUGUCAAAUGUGUGUCCCUUUUUUGAUUUCAGUUUGUUUCUUUACCUGUUAUGAUUUGGUUGUGAUCUUGCUGUCUUGUUAGCUGGUAUUUAUGUUUGUUUUUCUGUUGAAUUUGAUAGGCGGUGAUUGUAGAUUUUUCAAAUAAAUUUGAUUAAGAAAACUGUA